AUGUUGACUUUGUUUAACUUCUUUCUACAGAUGACAUCAGACUUUCCAUUAGCUUUGUUGCUCUGUUUGUCCAGCGGACUGUUGACUGCAUAUGGUGCACCUUCCUGCCCUCCUGGUUGGACUCAGUUUGGCUCUCGCUGUUUCAAUUUCAACAUCGAGACAAAGACUUUGACCGAUGCAGAGGGUGAACCUCCCUGCCCUCCUAAUUGGACUCAGUUUGGCUCUCGCUGUUUCGCUUUAUACAUCCAGGCAAAGACCUGGAUCGAUGCACAGACCUUCUGCCAGACUGCUGGUGGGCAUCUGGCUUCCAUCCACUCAGAUGCAGAAAAUACAUUCCUCAGAGACUUCAUUAACCAAGUGACCGGUACAUAUAAAAAUGCCUGGAUCGGAGCCACUGACGCAGUGAAGGAGGGUACGUGGUUGUGGACUGAUGGAUCCAAAUUCGACUACAAAAUCUUCAAUGCGGGGCAGCCUGACAAUGCUAGUGGAGUGGAGAACUGUCUUGAGAUGAACUAUGAAGGAAAGAACUGGAACGACAGGCCUUGUAGUACCUACCAGGCUUCUUUUGUGUGCUCCAAGAACCUGUAUGUGUAACUCUAACACACCAUCAUGAUGCCUCUCCAGCUCAUCUAUAAUCUCUAUCGUUGAUUCAAUUUCAGUUUGUUCAGCAGACAGAAACAGCUCUCUGCUGACAGAUGACUCACUUUCACUCGUUUAUUAUCUGAAGAGUUAGGGAACAGUUCACAUUUGGGUUUAAAAUUAGACAGAAACUGGCUCACUGAGCUGGACAAAA